CUCUUCAAACACGAUUUAUCUCUACGCUCAAAUGGAUGGCACCAUGGGUUCCCCGGAACCGACAACUGCGAUAUUGACCGUGGACGAUAUCGCCGCUCUUAGCGAUGCAGAGCUUUGCGAGUUCAUGAUGAAGCACCGCCGUCCCGACGGCGGCUUUGGCCUGCCCGUUGACGGUUGGGAUAAACUAUCAAAGGAUGAGCGAAACCAACUCGCAGAGAGGUUAAAAGCCCAAGGACAAGCCUUAGCCCAGAGUCCUACGGCUUAUUCCCGUCCGCUCGAUCUCGACGCGCUUGAUGCACGCCUUCGCGACGUCUCCGAUGCCAGCAGCCCCUCUGCCCGAGAUCGAGCAAGCCGCCGCACGAGAAGAAUAACCGUGUCCCCCCCCGACUUCGUAGCCGGCAGCCGAGGACUCGAGACCAAGGCAUACCAUGACCUUGUCAAAGACGGGAGCCGACCGCUAUACACGAUCGACCGACUCGAGCAGGUUUUUCAGAAUCCAGACGACCAUCGCGACAUGAUAUACCCAUGGGAUGGCCGCGAUAGACCGCGAAUCUGGGAAUUGUACUGGCAGGGAAGUUCAAGGCACUUGGAAUUGUUCCAGACACAGCUCGCGAGGUGGAGGGAUUUCCGCAGGUGGCAAAACGAUAACCGAUGGAUCGAAGAGGAUGACGAGGGUGGCUUCCCAGCAUAUCUCGAGUCGAUGAGGCAUAAAUGGGAGUGGCUGUCGCACAAAGACGAAUACGACGAGUGGCUGGCCGAGGUUGAAGCUGAUCCUUCAUUCGUCCAGGAGGAGUGGGACUUUGAGGUUUUCAAACGGGGCAAACAACGAUACCAUUGCGGAGAACGUGGCUGCGAUGGUUUCCCGCAGUACGCUGAGGCGGUAAAGCGCCGCCUGGCACAGCACGACUUUAUUCGGCUAUUCCACCUACACGAAGACCCUAAGCAACAAGAUAAGUUGACGACAUGGAUCGAAUACCUCAACUUCGAGUACUGGUGGCUCGACCGGCACACUAAGGCUAUGGAGAGCCUGAAGCCAGCUCACGAUGAGGCCUGGCAGGAGCUUGUGGACUUGAAGAUGUUGAGGCCGCACGAGACCCAAGAAUUCUUGCGGACUAUCGCAUCCCCAAUGGAGCGGCAGGCGGAGGAGGACCGGGCUCAGGAAGCUGUAAGGAUUGCGAAGUCAGAAGCUACAAAGGUGUACACGAUGACACAGAAAGAUCCCCAGCGUUUGCGCAUUCCCAAGGCAAAGCGUAUGUCGAUGAUGGAAGCCGCUGCAAACAAGUUGAAUGCCGCAAACAAACGGUGUCAGCAGAUUAUGAGACGGAGCAAUAAAAUCAGCAAAUUUAUUCAGGGGACGCACGGGUACAAUAGUGCGAAGAAGGAUGCUGCUCGCCAGCGCAGUCUUGUGCAAUGGGUCUUGGAGCAAGUUCCUUUGAUUGAGGCGGAAGUAGGAGAGUCACAAGAAAACGAGGCUGGGACCGGUACGAACAAAAAGAAGAAGAGGUCCGUUGCCGAAGAGGACGGCUCAGAGAAUCCAAGACGCAAGAAGCAGAAGGUCGAACAGCGGGCGCUUGCUUCCACUCCCAGCCAUCGCACAACCAUCACACCAGAAGCCGGAGAGGCACAGACGGACUCAGCGAUCGAUCACAUCGAAGUUUUGGACUCCCACACAGACAAGUCUCCAGCCAAACGGUCGAUUUAACUGGAUGCCCCUCAGGCUACGAGGCAAGGCCUUCGUCGCAGCGCUCGGGUCGCGUCGCGCCGCCAAGCUCUUGAGACGGCCGGGGAGCGGUCGAGGCCAGAGGAUACAAGGCCACCUGGACCGAAGGCGGGAAGUAGGAAUAGAGGCGGACGGGACGUGCCUCAAACCAAAGCCGUAUCGAAGAGGAGACACGCACGGCGGAAGGGCUAAGAUAGAGCGCCCA